CGGAAGGUGGUUGUUGUCCGAGCCCAAGCAGGUUUGAAAGUGGGGGUCGGGCCGAGGCUGUGGUUGUCUGUUGCCGAGGCCCCGCUUCCGGGCUAGGCUGUCCCUGCCGGCCCCGGCCCCGCCUCCCCUCGGACCCCUGGGUCCCAGGUCAGGGUACCCGGCCUGCGCGUGCCCCGUCCGCCUCAGUCCGCUGUCGACCCGGCCCACACUGCGGCCCCACGGCAGCCACCAUGUCCCUGCACGGCAAACGGAAGGAGAUCUACAAGUAUGAAGCGCCUUGGACCGUCUACGCCAUGAACUGGAGCGUGCGGCCUGACAAGCGCUUUCGCCUGGCGCUGGGCAGCUUCGUGGAGGAGUACAACAACAAGGUUCAGCUUGUUGGUUUAGAUGAAGAGAGUUCGGAGUUUAUUUGCCGAAACACCUUUGACCAUCCCUACCCCACCACAAAGCUCAUGUGGAUCCCUGACACAAAAGGUGUCUAUCCAGACCUACUGGCGACAAGUGGCGACUAUCUCCGAGUGUGGAGGGUUGGGGAGACUGAGACCAGGCUGGAAUGUUUGCUAAACAAUAAUAAGAACUCAGAUUUCUGUGCUCCUUUGACCUCCUUCGACUGGAAUGAGGUGGAUCCUUACCUAUUAGGUACCUCCAGCAUUGAUACGACUUGUACCAUCUGGGGGCUGGAGACAGGGCAGGUGUUGGGGCGAGUGAAUCUUGUGUCUGGCCACGUGAAGACCCAACUGAUCGCCCAUGAUAAAGAGGUCUAUGAUAUCGCAUUUAGCCGGGCUGGGGGUGGCAGGGACAUGUUUGCCUCUGUGGGUGCUGAUGGCUCGGUGCGGAUGUUUGACCUCCGCCAUCUAGAACAUAGCACCAUCAUUUAUGAAGACCCACAGCAUCACCCACUGCUUCGCCUUUGCUGGAACAAGCAGGACCCUAACUACCUGGCCACCAUGGCCAUGGAUGGAAUGGAGGUAGUGAUUCUUGAUGUCCGAGUUCCAUGCACACCUGUCGCAAGAUUAAACAACCACCGAGCAUGUGUCAAUGGUAUUGCGUGGGCCCCACAUUCAUCCUGCCACAUCUGCACUGCAGCGGAUGACCAUCAGGCUCUCAUCUGGGACAUCCAGCAAAUGCCCCGGGCCAUCGAGGACCCUAUCCUGGCCUACACAGCCGAGGGAGAGAUCAACAACGUGCAGUGGGCAUCAACUCAGCCCGACUGGAUUGCCAUCUGCUACAACAACUGCCUGGAGAUACUCAGAGUGUAGUGUGGAGGCGCCACGCCCAUGAGUCAGGGGCUUAUGUAUUUCCUGCCUCUGCCCCACCCCAAAGUAAGAAGAAACAUGUUUCCAGUGGCCAGUGUGUCUUUCAUUGCUUUGCACCUGCUAUUGCCAGAAACUGCUCUAGGUGUUCCUGGCCAGUCACCCCAUCACUCGGCGCCACACUCGGCGCUGCGGGAUGCCUCCUCAGCCCAGGGCUGAGUUUUAAGAUUUUUCUCUCCUUUUCUCUUCUCCUUUGGUUCCUCAAUUAAAAACUUCUGUAUAUUUGUUUGUCAGCCAUUGUGUUAAUGAGCAUUACCGGCACUGGGUGUGUUUGUAUUCACCUGCCCCAGAUGUCUGUCUGUCUGUUGCCCAAGGCAGCGCUCUGUGUCCAUGUCCGUGUUAGCACUUAAGUGGGAACAAAUAACCAAUUUGAAGUUGUCUUUCCUCUUCUUAUCUAUGUCUGUAACAAAUUUCAACUUUGUAUAUUUUUUAUCUAUCAGGCUAAUUUUUUUAUGAAAAGAAUUUUACUCUGGCUUCUUCCUUUGUUUCGUGGUCCUCCCCAUUAGCACCUUCCUCUUUUCCCUCCGUGUCUGGACCUGGCACUGGGCCCUUGCCCCUGUGAGCAGUUUGCCUUCUUGAAUCACUGCCUGAGCAGUACGGACCUGUCUGGGAGUCCCACACCGCCCUGGUGCUCUGAAGUCGGCCAGCUCUCACACCUUUUCUCAGCCUGGCUCUUCUCAAGGGCAUUCUGGGCUCCAAAACAGAUGUGUGAAGCCUGCCGUUACUGCCUGCAGUACCUCUGUCCACCGCCCCAGGAGCCUCCUGAGAGUGUGCCUCAGCCAAGGUGGGCUGGUUGGGUACUUGAGGAAAAGGGGUUCAGGAAAGCUGAGCCUAGAGCACGUUUCCAGUACAUAGUUUCCGAGUCUGUUUUUCCUUCCAGAUAAAAGCCCCAGGCAUUCUCUUUCGUAUGUUGAACGAUAGGCAAGAAUAAUGCAUAAGCUGAACUUCAGUAUGUCUGUUUAGUUUACUGAGACUGGUGGUCUGUCAGCCACUCUUUGGAUUGAGUGCCCUGAGGUGAGACUCCAGUUUGAGGGACACACCUCUGUGUGUCUUAAUCUGAAAAAGUCUCCUUCGGAGUGUGGGGAGAUGUCACCUCCUUGUAAGGGAGGGAUCGAUAGGCCAUCAUGAUUUCAGGCCAUCAUAUAAAUAGAUAGUUACAAAAAGAACCAGAGACCCCGGGGUCAGCCAGUUAACAGCUCUGCGCACCCCUGUCAACUGUCCUGCCUCCAGGGUAGGUUCGGAGCGGUACUGGAGUUGGAGGCCGCAGGUGUCUGUUUCUGUUACGUGAGUAAGUUCCUCCGAGGGGGCUUGUGUGUGGCUCUGAUUGUGGGCUGAGUUUGGGACACACUCAGAGUCUGGGCAGGAGUCUGCCUGGUUUGUCGUGCUCUGCCAAGUGGCGCAAGGUGUCUGAGACCCUGGGAGGGUAGCAGGCUUUCGGUCUGAUGGUUUUGUCCAUGGCGGCUCUGUCCUGCUCUGCCGUUCCGAGCCCUAUGAGAGCUUUUCUGUUGUCUUCCUUUUCAGAAGCAGAUGUAUUUGUAUCCUCAAAGUCAUGGGUUGGUACUUUACUACCCAGGGGCUUGUCCCAAAGUAAAAAGCUCUUUUUUAUUUCCCUUUCGACCGUUUUACUUUACUUUUUUAUGCUAGUUUGGGGGCUCUUUGGCUGGUCACCUGCUUGAGGUUUGCUCCCCUGCUCUUACCACCAGACUCCCAGCAUGUCGUGUGGAGAUGCAGCGUGAGUGGGUCUUGGUCAGAGCCCUCCUCUGCUUAUAGUUGUGUCGGACGGUUCCGGGGUCCUUCUCCCAAGGGUAGCCUGCUCCAGGAGGCCUUCGGUUCCCUCCCGUGGAAAAGGGUCUGAAAUGGAGGUUAGGGUGAUAGAGGGACCUGGUCCUGCUUCGCAGGGCUUAAGUAUACUGAGUUCUGAUUUAAGAUUCCUUUCCGAGUCCGCAUUUAAACGUGGUCUGAAUGGUGAGAAGAUUUGUCAAUUAGAACUCGAAAACAACCUGGAGAAAAAAAUUAGUUAAUAGAAAUUAGAAUAUACUUGGUUAACGUUGCUAUUUAUUCACCUACAAUUUUGUUUUCCCCUUCCCUGUGGACUCCCAGCCCAUCACCGUCCUUGGGCCCUGCAGUGCAGUCUGCCUCACCCCCAUCUCCCUGAGCUGGCACGCACUCGCAGAUGUCGGGACACUGGUAUUUAUUUGGAAGUCCCAGUUCCUACCUUCUUGUUCUGCCACAGGCCCAACGGCCUCAUGUUUGAGGAGGGGAUUUCUGUAGUCUUGAGAUUUAGAAAGCCUCUCAGCCAGCCAUGUUCCAUGAUGCACAGAUCUGUUGUAGUUUCUAAAGCAAGGGUCUAUUUAAUUUGUUUAGAUUCUCAAAUUGACAGCCAGAGAGCAUGGGUAGGAGGGUCUGCAUCUGUUCUCCUGGAGUAUGAGCAGAGCAGCUGCCAGGUUGCCUCCGGGCGGGCUAUGGCGGCACCUCUGUGCUCUAGCUCUGAUGGCCUUUUGGCUUGUUCUUGGCCCCUGAGCUGAAGCUACCCUCUGGUUUUUCUUGUCUGCCCUGAGGGGAAGUGGGGGAAGGUUCGGAAUAAAUUUGGCCUCAGGUUCCAUAUCAGAGAGCUGGUGAAUGGGUACAGUCCUUCUAGAGCUUGAGCGUUUACUCUCAGGAGAGUUGGAACCCUCUCCUUCCAGGGAGAAAUCUGGCUGCGAGGAGAGGACUUGAAGAGGGAAGAUAUUUAUAACUAGGUGAGAAUUUCUUAUCAGAAGCAGAUCGGCUCUCAGAGAACUGGUCAGGUUUGGGGAAGAAACAAAAAAUUGAGAUUUCUACAAGGUUUUGACGGUAGUUGUGGCUUUAGGAGAUUUAGGAUGUGGGAGAAAAUCAAUGGUAAGUGUUGCUUUAGAUCAAAGGAGAAAAUAGAGGGCAGUAAUGGCCUGAGGUGGGGAAGUAUUCAGACUCUGCUGUGUGGCCUGGGUGUCAGGGACCAUUCAUCUCUGAUGCUGGGUAAGUGUGGGGACAGGGUGACAGCUCAGGGCAGGGGAGCCCCUCUCUGCAGUGAUGUAGCUAUGCAUGAUGUUUGGUGAUGGAAAUCUUCAGGUCUCUGGAGUCUAGUGAUUGUCCCAGACCGUGGCUCUUCUUGGCUGUAGGUUCAUAGAGCCGAAGAAGCAGAGGUUGUAGAGUCAUUCGACUUUGCUCCACCUUUCCCCUUUCUCUUCCUCGUCUCUUCCGUCUUCCUUUCUACUGUAGAACUUUCUCCCUGCUGCGCCCUAGGCCUUGAAUUCCUAGGCUAUAAGAAUAGGUAGGGGCUGUAAGGUUUUCUAAACAUAGGAGGACCAGCCCAAGACCAUGUGUCCCCCUUCCCUGGUUUGAGAACGUGGCAGUUCCUUCAUCUGCUUGGCUUGGGGAAAGGGAAGCUGAUGAAGUAGAAGUCUCAAAGCAGACUCUCCCCUUUACUCUGCACUCCAGGAUGAGGAAGGAGGGCCAUGCUUGGCACUUCGUUGGUUUUUUUACCUGGGAGGAAAGCUGAACUGAACAGUCACUGCGAACUUGGGGCCAGGCUCUCUAAGGAUCGUCUUUUCUGUACUGGCUGAACCAGCUCCUGAGAAAGUCUCAUGUUGCAGAGCCUUGCCCAACUCCCACACCUGCACCCUCUUCUCCCACAGUGGGCAUUGCUGCUAAUGGUCAAAGGCAAAUACAUGGGCCAGGUCCUCCCAGGCUACUUUCUGCAUAUUAUGUUUUAAAUAUAGGACAUGCAGGUGCCUUUCCAAAGAGGCUUGGGCUGGUUUAUUAAACCAGAAACAAACAAGCUAACGAAAGUAUGAACUCAAGAAGAAAGAUGUUGGCAGUCUGUGUAACAGCUGGAAAACUUGUAAGUGCCCACCUUUGGGACAAGCGAGUGAAUAUGAACUUGUGGUAUCUGCUAUUUAAAAGAAGCGUUCUCACCUUGGGUUGAUUGUGGUGUACAGUGUGUUAUGACUUGUUGAGCUAAAGCUUUGACUUGCUUCUUGAGUCAAGUAUGAAUCAUUUGCUUUGGUUCCUGUGUAUUUUAUGAACCCCUCUGUCAGUGACUUUCCAUCCCUCCUCCCCUAGUGUGAAUUUGUAGCAUGAUUGUACAAACCUCUAUGUAGAAAAUGGAGAGUUCUUGUUCUCUGAAAUGUUAAGCUUUAGCCAAUCAAUUUCUGUCCCCUUUAGCCUAGUGUGUCUGAACUUACUUUCUUGUUAUAUAUUUAAACUUUUCCUCUACACCAUAGGUUUUGUAGCAUCCUUUGGUCAGGUGACAAGGAAGCUGCCCCUUGCAGAACUGUACUGUAAUCAUUUUUUUUAAGAUAUUAUUUUCACAGGACUGAUUGUACACAGGGCUUUUAAUAAAAUUUUAACACUGUGCUGUGAAACCACAAUGGUAAAUCCCCAUUGAAGGCUAUUUCAAAGGCACCUGAAAGUGGAGUGUUAUGUCUAUGACUUUAUUUCUUGCUUAAUUAGGUAUAUUAAACCUAAUUUUUACCUUUUCAUUCUGUUUCAGCCUCCUGUAUAAGACCAUAUUUUCUGUCCAUCAUACUUUGUAAUAAAACUUGAACAUGUA